CCCCUGCAUGCUGCUCUACAAUCAUUCGACAGCUGCAGGCUGUCUCCUGAGGUGGCUGCUUGGCAACUAUGGGAUACCGUGGCAACGCCUUUCCUCCAGAGAGCGGAGUCAUGGGAUUGGGAGCGAAUGAAGGAUCUGGAGCAUUGUCCUCGAGUGCCCACAACGUGUUCCAGAAGAAGCAAGUAAGAUCUGUUUUGUAGCAGCUGCCUAGCUGUGAACGCAGACGCCUAAUGACAAUGGACAACGCACCAUAUACCGAGAUGGAUGAGCUGCAGAGUCGGGCCAACCAAGUAACCGAUGAGUCUCUGGAGAGCACACGCCGUAUGCUUCAGCUUGUGGAAGAGAGUAAAGAUGCUGGAAUCCGUGCAUUGGUCAUGCUGGAUGAGCAAGGGGAACAACUGGAUCGUAUCGAAGAAGGCAUGGACCAGAUCAACCAAGACAUGAAGGAGGCUGAGAAGAAUCUUACAGAUAUGGCCAAAUGCUGUGGGCUGUGUGUGUGCCCUUGUGAAAAACUGAAAGACUUUGAUGCUUCAAAGAAAGUGUGGGGAAACAGCCAGGAUGGUGUGGUGUCUGGUCAGCCAUCUUCACGAGUGAUGGAUGAGAGAGAGAGGAUGACCAUGAGUGGCGGCUAUAUCCGAAGAGUGACCAAUGAUGAUCGUGAAAAUGAAAUGGAUGAGAACUUGGAGCAAGUUGGCAGUAUUAUAGGAAACUUGCGUAGCAUGGCACUGGACAUGAGCAAUGAAAUCGAUACACAGAAUGUGCAGAUUGAUCGCAUUAUGGAGAAGGCAGCUGUCAACAACAGCCGCAUCAGUGAGGCAAAUCAGAGGGCCAAUAAGCUGAUAUCCAGGUAGAGCUGCAAGACUUCCCAGACUGGACACCUGCCUUAGGGCCUGCAGGGUCUACAGCUCAGAGUUCUCUGCUGUUUGAAUAUUUUGGUGAAAGUGCCCUUAUGACCAAUUUAAGUGCCCUUCUAUAUAUGGGAUUCCUCCCUACCACAAUAGGUGAAGGCAGUCACGUGAAUGACCUGGUUGGUACAGCAUCAGUUCUACUCAAGAAAUGAUCAGCACUCAUGUGGAUGGCCAAUAUGUCUGCCCUAACAAGAUUUACCACCAUAGCCCUGGACUACUGAGCGCACCAUGCUGUGUGAGCAGGCUGCUUAACUGGCAAGUUCAAAGUGGGCAGAGCUGUAAUUUAAAAUUGUCAUCUUAUUGACAUGAAGAUCUGAUGGAAUGAGUAAAACUCACAAGAACAAGAAGUGGAGAAUGACUAGGAUGACAAGUGGAAAUAUUUGUCCUUUCACUCAUGUGCACCCAUAAGCACCCACUGAAGAAGACAUGCCCUUCACAUAUACUCAGAAUCCCACACAUAUCUAUGGCCAUCACCACCACCAACUACACAGCCUCAAGAACCUUCUCUUCCCACAAAAAACAGUGAGUGUGAAGAUACUGUAUAUGAAACCCUGCUUUCCUGGUCUUACAUUUGUUUUUCAGUUCUGUAAGUUUCCUCUGUUUACAUGUGGGUGUCUUACCACUUAGUGAUUCAGGAUUUAAAAGUACUGUUAGAUUCCUUCUUCAACCCAGGCCUUAUUUCCAGUGUCUGUAAUAGUCAGCACAUCACAUUGCUGUCUGGUAUGCCUUGUAAAUUUAAUAUUUAAUAAAGA